CCUGCAGGGGAAAAAAAUUCUUCAGUGUGCGGAGCUGUUCUAAUGAUGCACAUCUUCUGCCUGCGUGCACAGCUGCUCAAUUAUGGACAUAAUGAGGACAUAAUUUAACUUAAGACUAAAGAAUGGAACGGCACACAAAGCUUAAUCUUUUACAGUCCACCUAUUUUCUUGGAUAAACAGAAGGAUUUUUUCUCCCAGGUCGUGCGUUGGAUGGCAUGCUAUCACAAGGAGGAGCCGUCGUUGCCCUACUGUAGCACUUCUCCAUGCUAACGUAGAUGCCUAAAUAGACCUAUGCAGGUGAGCGUAAGUGAAUCUUCAAAGUUUUGGUUGAAACAAUACUGCUUACUUCACAGAGAAGCGUAAUUUUACGUAGCGAAAGCAUAUAUUGACGAUUUGCAGUUUGUGUUUUGCGGGACAAUCUGAAUCUUAAGCACUGUGAACCUGAAGGACAAAAAAGACUAAGAGAUAAAAAAUAAAUAAAACCCUUCACGCUGCCACGUUUGAUCGAGCCGAAGAUUUCUACCACGCCAAGACAUCUCACUGGACCGUACCGUUCAUACCUCAGGAAACAUGUCAUCUCAAACUAAAUUCAAGAAGGACAAGGAGAUCAUAGGAGAAUACGAGACGCAAGUGAAAGAGAUCCGUAACCAGCUGGUGGAGCAGUUCAAAUGCCUGGAGCAGCAGUCCGAGUCGCGCAUCCAGCUGCUGCAAGACCUGCAGGAGUUCUUCCGGCGCAAGGCCGAGAUCCAGCUGGAGUACUCCCGCAGCCUGGAGAAGCUGGCCGAGCGCUUCUCCUCCAAGAUCCGCAGCUCACGGGAGCACCAGCAGUUCAAGAAGGAGCAGCACCUCUUGUCCUCGGUGAACUGCUGGUACCUGGUCCUGAACCAGACGCGCAGGGAGAGCCGGGACCACGCCACGCUCAAUGACCUCUACACCAACAACGUCAUCGUGCGCCUGUCUCAGAUCAGCGAGGACGUCAUCCGGCUCUUCAAGAAGAGCAAAGAUAUCGGCAUCCAGAUGCAUGAGGAGCUGGUGAAAGUCACAAACGAACUCUACACUGUGAUGAAGACGUACCACAUGUACCACACGGAGAGCAUCAGCGCUGAGAGCAAGCUGAAGGACGCGGAGAAGCAGGAGGAGAAGCAGUUCAGCAAGUCUGGCGACAUCAGCAUCAGCGUGCUCAGGCACGAGGACCGGCCCCAACGCCGCAGCUCUGUCCGCAAGAUCGAGAAGAUGAAGGAAAAGAGGCAAGCCAAGUACUCUGAAAACAAGCUGAAAUGCACAAAAGCCCGGAAUGACUAUUUAUUGAACCUGGCAGCAACAAACGCAGUGGUGGCGAAGUAUUACAUCCACGACGUCUCUGACAUGAUAGACUGCUGUGACCUCGGUUACCAUGCCAGCCUAGCCCGCACCUUCCGAACGUACCUGUCGGCGGAGUACAACCUGGAAACAUCACGCCACGAGGGCCUAGACAUCAUCGAGAAUGCCGUGGACAACCUGGACUCCCGCAGCGACAAGCACAAGAUCAUGGACAUGCACAACCAGGUGUUCUGCCCACCCAUGCGCUUCGAAUACCUUCCCCACAUGGGAGACGAGGUGUGCCAGGUGAGCGCGCAGCAGCCCGUGCAGACGGAGCUCCUGAUGCGCUACCACCAGCUGCAGUCCCGCCUGACCACGCUCAAGAUCGAGAACGAGGAGGUGAGGAAGACGCUGGAUGCCACCAUGCAGACGUUGCAGGACAUGCUGACGGUGGAGGACUUUGACGUGUCUGACGCGUUCCAGCACAGUCGAUCGACCGAGUCCAUAAAGUCAGCCGCCUCCGAGACUUACAUGAGCAAGGUUAACGUAGCCAAGAGGAGGGCCAACCAGCAGGAGACUGAGGUCUUCUACUUCACGAAAUUCAAAGAGUACCUGAACGGCAGUAAUCUCAUCAUUAAGCUGCAGGCCAAACACGACCUCCUCAAGCAGACACUGGGAGAAGGAGAAAGGGCGGAAUGUGGAACAACAAGGCCCCCAACUCUCCCCCCUAAGCCACAGAAAAUGCGGAAAACUAGGCCUCGCUCCAUGUAUGCCCAUAAGCUCUUUAACGGCAAUAUGGAGACCUUCAUCAAGGACUCAGGUCAGCCCAUACCACUUGUGGUGGAGAGCUGUAUUCGAUACAUAAAUCUGUACGGUCUGCAGCAGCAGGGAAUAUUCAGAGUCCCGGGAUCUCAGGUUGAAGUCAAUGAUAUUAAAAACUCUUUUGAAAGAGGUGAGGAUCCACUCGUCGACGACCAGAGCGAUCAUGACAUCAACUCUGUGGCCGGCGUUCUGAAGCUGUACUUCCGCGGGCUGGAGAAUCCGCUCUUUCCCAAAGAGCGCUUCCUGGACUUGAUAUCCACCAUCAAACUUGAAUCAUCUGCAGAGAGAGCUCAUCAUGUCCAACAGAUUAUUGUAACUCUUCCUCGCACCAUCAUCAUCGUCAUGAGAUACCUGUUUGCCUUCCUCAACCACUUGUCCCAGUACAGCGAUGAAAACAUGAUGGACCCCUACAACCUGGCCAUCUGCUUUGGCCCCACCCUCAUGCCCAUCCCUGAUGGGCAGGACCCAGUCGCCUGCCAAGCGCACGUCAAUGAGGUCAUCAAAACCAUCAUUGUGAACAACGAAGUCAUCUUCCCCAGCCACCGCGAGCUGGAGGGGCCUGUCUACGAGAAGUGCAUGACUGGAGGGGAGGAGUACUGUGACAGCCCCCACAGUGAACCAGGCACCAUCGACGAGGUGGACAAUGGCACAGAGCCACACACCAGUGAUGACGAGGUGGAGCAGAUCGAGGCCAUCGCCAAGUUCGACUACAUGGGCCGUACCCCGAGGGAGCUGUCCUUCAAGAAGGGGGCGUCGCUCCUGCUGUACCACCGCGCGUCCGAGGACUGGUGGGAGGGGCGGCACAACGGCGUGGACGGCCUGAUCCCCCACCAGUACAUCGUGGUGCAGGACAUGGAUGAUGCAUUUUCAGACAGUCUUAGUCAAAAGGCAGACAGCGAGGCAAGCAGCGGGCCGCUCCUUGACGACAAAGCCUCGUCCAAGAACGACAUCCAUUCUCCCUGUGAGCCUGACUACAGCUUUGGAGGUGUCAUGGGAAGGGUGAGGUUACGGUCAGACGGGGCUGCCAUACCACGUCGUCGGAGCGGUGCUGACACCCACAGCCCCCCCAGGGGGACCGAUACCCCCCCACGGGCCGCGGCCUGCCCCAGCAGCCCCCACAAGAUGCCGGGGAGCAGGGGCCGCAUGGAGAGCCCGGAGAAGCGCCGGCUGGGCACGUUUGGCAGCGUGGGAAGCAUCAACUACCCCGAGAGGAAGGUCUACCCAGAGGGCCACCCACUCAGGCCAACCCCUGGAGCCACCCGCCACAGCAGCCUGGGGGACCACAAGUCCCUGGAGGCUGAGGCCCUGGCAGAGGACAUUGAGAAGACGAUGACCACAGCCUUGCAUGAGCUGCGGGAGCUGGAGAGGCAGAACACGGUGAAGCAGGCGCCGGACGUGGUGCUGGACACCCUGGAGCCCAUAAAGAACCCGGUGAGCUCGGAGCCGGCCAGCCCGCUCCACACCAUCAUGAUCCGCGACCCGGACGCCGCCAUGCGGCGCAGCAGCAGCUCCACGUCCGAGAUGAUGACCACCUUCAAGCCGGCGCUGCCGGCCCGCCUGGCGGGCUCCCAGCUCCGCCCCCCGCCCACCAGGCCCGCCCGGCCGGCGCCCGUCAGCACCGGUCCAGCAGCUCCAGCUCCUCGGGCGUGGGCAGCCCCGCCGUCACGCCCACGGAGAAGGUUUUCCCCAGCAACUCCUCUUCCUCCGACAAGUCCGGCACCAUGUAGCCCCCGCGGCGGCUCGCUCGCGCGCGUGCGCUUCACAGGGCUUCCUGGAGGGAGGCUCUGCCCACACGUCGCAAUGCAAGCCUCUUUUAUUUCAGCACAUCUCAGUUUUUGUUUUCUAUUAGACUUUUCUUUUUUUGAAAUUCAACAUGUUCCUACGACACGAGUUGCAUUGCCACGGUUACCAGUCAGGGUGCAGACAUUCCGUCUCCGGGAGAAGUGCAUGCUGGGGCACGGAUGAAUCGUGAAGCGCUGCACUCUGCCGUGCGGUAGCAAAGAGAAAAGCAUGGCAACGAGGGAGAAAAUUCACUCCAAUGAAAAGUCAUUAAAAAAUUUAACCACUUUUUCUUUGUUUCAGUUUUUUUUCUUUUUACCUCAGAAAAGAAGUCAUUUGUGGAACCCAGGUUGUUUUGCCAGUCUCUCCUUUAGAGACGAGCAGACUGCAGACAAAGCAAUACUAAAUGAGUUUGGCAUUAAUUUCUGUCCUGCACUGGUCGUCCAAACUUUCGACUGGAGUCCUGCACUCAAGGCCCCGGUCGGGUUUGGUGAGAGAGCGACUGGGGUGCUCUGCCUCUCCAGGACUGGGCUGCACACACAGCCACCAAACUGUCUCUGGGCUGGAGGACCCAUGCAUUCCAACAGCCCUAGAGUUGUACAUAGAUACUGGAAAUGGUAUUCCCUUUUGUUUGUAGUAUAAGGGAUGUUCAUCAAAAAUAACAACAUAGUAAAAGUUGUAUAAGUAUAUGAGAUGCAGAAAUUGGAAACCAAUAUACCAGCUAAUAGUAAAACCCUGUGGUAAAAUAUGUAGUUUAACUUGUAUAUUAUCUUUGGCUAGAUAAUUUUUGUAAGUGGUAACCUUGUACAGACUGGGAUGGAACAGGCAAGGCAAUCGGAAUGGCAAAAAUUCCAUGUGCAUACACAACAAUCACACCCGGAACACUUAACACACAGAAUAUAAGUACAAAGGGUCUGUGUUCAGUAUUUUUUGGCAUGUAAUAUAAAUCAGAAUACUGUCAGUCGGGUGACACUAUUUAUAUUAUGUUACAGAAGCCAUUUCAGAUAGAGUUCUGGUUUCAUAGGUGGAAAUUAAUUGAAAUUUUGCGCUGAUGUAUGUUUUUGAAGUCAGAAGUCAGUGCGUGGAAUAACUUACCAAGACUUGUCGAAGUGGAAGCAAAGACCUUUGAGAUGUUCAGGACUGUUUGAUAGAUGCUUCUGACUAGAUGGGCUGAAUGGCUUCUUCUCACUGAACAUUGUUACAUUCUUGCAUUCUUGACAUUUUGAUGACCACAUGCUCCUGUAACAUAUACACAACAGUGUGAGACAGACAAGCCAGUUCUGUUCCCUUAAGCAGUGGCACCAGUAUUUCAUGAGCUCCCAUUUAAGCAAUAUCAGUGAUCUGUUUCAGUCUAUCAGUAUACAGUAGGUCCCGAUGUUGCUGGUAUUUAGUUCAUAUUAAUAUUUCAUAAAAUGGGUGAUGUAAUAAAGGCACUCGUAAAGCAUGCUUAAUACCUUCAUGUGGUUGUUUCUUAUAGAGUGGUUAUAAGCAAAGUUAGUCCAUUUGGCUGAACUGUUCUAAAGCCACCAGUAUGUGGCUUGUUCUGUAACCAAGCCUGUCCGCACAGGCCAAUUUUCUGUGACGCAUGCAGAGCUAGGACCCAUUCCAGUAAGAAAUACGGCUGCCCUGCAACGUGCCUGUCUGACCCAGAUUCACCAUGUAGAUGUGCUCCUCUCCAGGAAAUCUGUCAGAGCACAUCCAUCCAUUUAACAGGAUCUGACAUCACACAAUUUGCCGUCUUUGACCAUCCUCUUGCCUGUUCUGAACUGGUUUAAAUAUUGCUUGUAUUGAUGCAAAAUAUGCUGGAAAGUACUGUUAAGUUUUUAUGAUUAUUAUUUUAAAAUGUGAUGAUAACACAGAAUCAGACAGGUUCUUUUUCAUUUUUUAGCAUCUGAACAGUUAAAAUGUCUUUGCAGGAUAAUAGCACAGCUGUCUGCUUUCCCUUCCUCUGUGUCGCUAAACUGAAAUGAUUUUUCAUUCAUGUCUAAAUAUCAUCUUUGCUCAGUUGAGAAUGCUCCUCCUAAUUUUACCCACCUCUUCUCUUUUAAAAAAAUUUUUUUUUUUGGCAAAUCGUGGUGCGGAAACGUUUGUGAAAGGUAUCGAAUCAUACAGCAGUAGUCUGGUUUGACCCUCAAACCCCGUUAUGCUAACUCUUAAGGACUGGCACUUGUUUGAAAGACCAUGAGCUUGUUUCUCCCUGACAGCAUUAUGGGUGUGUGGCACAGAGAUCAAUGUGCUUAGCAUAGCUUUUGUCAUCAUUUUAAUUCAACAGUUUGGUGAUAACUGUUUGUGGUGCCUUUCCUCUUAAGAUGCACAAGUACUGUACCAGAUGCCUUUGCUUUUGAGAGGAGGGCCAAUUGAGUAUUUUUUUUUUUUUUUUAAACCAAUAGAUACCAUCUAUUUACGCAUUGUACAUGUAAAUUAAAACCAAUUUAUGAGGGGGAUGUGUGAGAGAGGAGAAUUUGAGCAAAUAAUACUCCAGCAUGGAUCUCAUUAUGUGAUUAAGCAUUUGAAACAGAUAGACAGAGCGGUAUAUGUUAAUUUUUUAACUCAAGUUAACACCAGAAGUUAUUAUUUGGCUUCCUCAGGCCCUUUCUGCCUCUGAUUGCCUUUUUUCCCAUGGAUUGUCAGAGAAAACUUCAGCAGUCUUGCCAUUCUCAUGUUUACUGUGCUGACCCCUGUUGGUGAGAAAGGGUCUUACAGGACAGAAUGCCACUGCACUGGAGAAACUGUGUUUAUGCUCCCUCUGGUGACUGAUAAAAGUAUUUAUUCUUUCACUGACACUCAUAAAAAAUGUUAGGUGAUGAUGAUGGUGACUCACCACCAUCAUUAUCCUCAUCAUUACCAGAUACUAUUAUUAUUAUUAUAUUGACCAGUGCUGUUCUGUUUAUUUCCCUUUAGUUAUCUUCAUAGAUACAUUAUUUCAGAUUUAAUAAAAUUCCCCUUUGCAUCUGGAUAGCCAUCUGAGUGUCCUCUCCACUUGCUCUUUCACAUUACAAAACUGUUAAAUAUGUGUAAAAGCACAGAGAACAAAUGUUUCUGGUCAACAGUCUAAUAGACCCAAUGAAUAUAAACUGUACUGUGUCAACUUAAUUCAGAAUUUUGAUAAUUUAUUGCCUUUUAGUUUUUGUUUAAGAAAUGUAUUUUAAAGUGCCUUUUGUGCACGUAAUCUGUUUCAAAUGGACUUGUAUAAUUACUCUUUUUAAUCUAUGCGUUGCGGGUAAUUUUUUAUAUUAAAUAUUUCCCCUUGUUGUUAAUGUGCAAAUGUAGUCCAUUCAAGCAUCUCGUUUCACCUUGAGGACAUAUGAUGCAAGAGCCACUGAUGUUCAUAGCACAGUAUAAACUCAAUCCCAAUACUAAUUCUUUAAAUAAUAGCCAGAAGCAAACAUGCAAAAAUAAGGCUUACAUGCUCCAAAAAGAAGACAAAGAUUACUGUGUAUUACUGUAUAUUUAAAUACAUAUAAUUUUGCAUAUGCUUCUCGGAGAACAUACCCAGGAAUGCCCCAAAGGUUUGCUCUAAUAAAUUGGCAUGAGAAAUAAAAACGCACAAAUACAAAAUGCAUUCAGUUGUGUCCCUUUUUUGGAGAAUAGAAGCCUUACUACAUGUGUUCACUGGCUACAGCUUAUCCAUGUUGGUGUGAACACUUUUUUUGCAGAGAUUAUUAAAGUGGUAGAUUGAAAGGAGAUGAAUAACACUUUAAAGGCAGCACUUCCCAACAGUGAGCAACACUGUUACUAGAAGGUUGUAAUGUGUCUAUUCAUUUUUUCCAGCCACUUAAACAUCUUAUUUGAGAUAUUUUUACCAUCCUGUUGAUUGAACCAAUUAAACUUUCCCUCCCAGGGGCGAGUUUAGUAGCCGUUCACUGAGCAAUGGUGCUAAUGGGAAUUGUAGUUUGUAGGUUUUUAUUUUUAUUUUUUUUGGAAGUGCUUUUACACUGGACCUUCCAUCAGCACCUCUGUGAAGUAUUGAAUAGGCCCGCAGUUAUGGGUAAUGACAUAAAAACUGCUGGAAAAUCACCUUGAUGACUGUUGUCCUGUACUGGAGUCGAGUAGCACUGAUUUAACAUUAAACAUACAUGCUUACUGAAUUGGAAUUUUACUGAACAUUUAAAGAAUGUUUCAAUUAUGACCAAAUAUACUAUAUAUUACAAGAUAUGUCAGUUGUCAGCACAAUAUAUGAAAUUGCAUGUGUGAAGCGACAUUUGAUAUAUUUUGCAAUAUAUCAAUUCAGAGUAUAUUGAAAUUAAUUCUUUAGCCUGAUUUGGAUGUAAUACAGACGCGUACAUAUAUUCCACAUAUUGUAUCACAUUCCCAUAAGAUUUAUCCCUUGACUAACUGGGAGAGGGUGGGGGGUGUAAGUAAUGAAAUUAAUAUUUCUGACAGAGAAACUACUCUGCCUCCAGAAUGCAGACCGCUACAUGCUGUUGUGUAAUCUAAGGACAGGAAAACAGCCUGUUCAUUCCAGGCAUUUUGAGUCCAUCAUUAACUGCACAUUUAUUUUCGUCUUUACUCCGCCUGUGAGGUCAGCUUCGUGCUGUGAAAGAGAUGUGGUUGCCUUUGCUGAUGCUCUCCUUUCCUCCAUUCAGAUACCUUUUUAGUAUGUUAUGUACCAUGAUUUGUCGUAGAAAUGCUCUGCUCACACGGUACAAGGCACUAGUGCACUGUUCUUCUCUCAACUGUUAAAGUACCAUAGGGGAGGAGUUUUUUUAUUAUUUUAAUUUAUGGAAUGUAUACUAAAAUGGGACUUGUAUUUAUAGGAGAACAUUAAAAAAAUAAAAAUAAAAAGAAAUACUUAUCAGCUGUUACAAGCUUCUCACAGAACUCUUCAUUGGAGAAACCAAACUGGCUGACCCAUCUGUGACGUUGGAUGUGAACUGUAGUCUUCUAUCUUCUCUGAUUCUGUCUGGUAAUGCUGUUUGUUCAUGAGUGUCUGAUUGGUUCAAUCCUCUGUGAUGUAAUGUACACCAUGCCACUGGUUGGAUGUUGAAAAUCCUAAUGUCCAAAUAAAAGCGACUUAAUUUUUA